GGGAGGGGGAUGAGGGAAGGGCAAAAGCAUCCUCGCCCAUUUUAAAUGUUAGGUGAUUAAUAGAUUGUUCUUCAGAAUCUCCAGGGCUAGGUCACUACUGUAGCAGCGAUAACAAUAUCUCAGGGGCCGUAAUCUCAUCUCACUUUACUGUUGGACAUAUCUUAAUCACACAGCAUAAAGUUUAUAAGACGAUAACAGCACAAAUCUAGCCUCCCUUUACCUCCUUUUUAAAGGCCCUUAAGAUAACUUAAAGGUGCUUUCACUCUUAAACAUCCGUAUUCUUACCAUGAAAUGUACACAGUAUUGAAAGCAUUGUUUAUAUGUAGUAUUUAAUGAAAUACAAUAUGUAUAUUGCUUUAAUAAUUGAUUAAUUAAAGAUUAAUUAAAGAUGAAUUAAGAUAACGUUCCAGCCUUCCCAGUAUUUGAUUCCCCAGGAAGCUAGAUAAUAGAUUAGGGCUCCGCUGAUUGGCUGAGGUAAGAAAACCAAACAGGAAGAGAAAUGAGAAGCGCAAACACAAAACACUUAAGUCCACCUCGCUUUUUCCUUCUUCUGAAGUCAUCAUACUGCUUCUAAACAGUCCAUGUUCCCUUACUUUGUAUGAGACCAAACAUGGGCAUCCAUUUGGUGUCUUGAGUGUUUAUAGUCGAGAAAGGAACAGGGCUCUUGUAGUAUUGCAUCAUGGACGACGACCACACACCCUCCCUCCUCUCUCUGCUGGUGUCCCCACAGGCUGAGUCUGCAGAAUGAGAGGAUUGAGACCUAGCUGUCAGGGUAAUCUCUCAGGUCACUUCCCUCUCACACACACUCAAACACAUACUGACUCGCCCGCUCUCGUCCCCUAUAGAGGACAUACAUUCUCUCUGUCCCUCUACUCUAUCGAGGACAUUCAGUCCCAGCGGGACAGAUAUGUACAGCUGACAGUAUUUCAUUUGUUAUUUUUAGAAACAUACUUCACAACCAACGGGCCGCUACCGAGCCCUGGACCAUUGGUCAUCAGCCCAAAGAGAUUUAGAAAUGAAGAAAGAUAAAUAUUUCUCUUCAAUUAUCAUUUUUACAGUCUAUUUAUAUUGUACCAGAUUGAGCCGCACAGUGAGGCACUUGGUGUCCUAAGCCCAACUAAGUUGCCCAAAUUAAGUAAGUUUGAAUAGACAGGUUCCCGGGCAACGACACAGCAGAUAGCCAUGUGCAACCAGGGGGCAGAAAGCAUAGACAACAGACCGACAACAGACAACAAGGAAGGGCUUGUUGUGAUGUCAACUGCAAUAAUCGCAAAAGCAAGUGAUAGAAAAAGUUUAACAUGCCAUGAGGUUCACUCCCUUUAAUGACACCAUGCAGUCAGGAUCUUAGCAUCUAGGAUCUGUGCAUGAUCUAUGCAGUCAAACUAUAGUGAUUGAUUCAGUGAUAUUAGGAGGACCCUACAGACAAAAAUUAGCUACGUAAAAUGAACUUGCAAAUGAAAGACAAAUCAAAACUUUCUCCUUUGGAAAAAGCUUUAUCAUUCCAUUUUCAGGCUAUACAAGGAAAAGUGUAAUACAAUGCAGUUUAGACAUUGAUAAAAAUUGCUGUAGUGGCUAAUGAACUUUAAGGUAACAAAGAGGUUUAUUUCCCAUGGUGCAGCCAGCCAUAUUUGUAACAAAAAACUCACGCAUUGGAUGCCCUUAUGCACCAGAAAUGAAUAUGUCUGAAUAAAGGUAUUUCAAGACCUCAAGAAGUUUCUGUUACUAUGCAGUUUGUGUUUGCUAAACACAGUGCAAGGUCAUCCAUAUAUGGUCAUGUCCUUGUGUAUGUAAUUCUCUUUCAUCCCAAUAAAUCACAUGCUCUGACAUAAAAAAUUAACAUCUGGUGUCUCUGGCUGUCGCAGGCCGGUGGUGAGCUUGUCAAAUGCCCUGGCCGUGAAUAUUUCACAUUUGCAUACUGGGCCACCGUAACAUAAAGGUGGAGGAUACCUGGUGUACUGUAUCGGUUCUGAUCUGCACAGGGUCAGAUACAAACACUCUACAUUAGGAAAAGUCACAUGUUGCUGAAGUCCCUUGUAAGUAAAGUCACCUCUAUCAGUAAAGUAAAGUCAUCUGAGGGUAAAGUAAAGUCACCAGUGGGAAAAGUCCCCUGUUAGAAAAGUCAGUUAAGUCUCCUGUUAGUAAAGUCAGAGACAGAGAUCUGGCAGGGAGGGGGAUGAGGGAAGGGCAAAUGCGUCCUCGCCCAUUUGAACUGUUGGGUGAUUAAUAGAUUGUUCUUCGGAAUCUCCAGGGCUAGGUCACUACUGUAGCAGCGAUAACAAUAUCUCAGGGGCCGUAAUCUCAUCUCACUUUACUGUUGGACAUAUCUUAAUCACACAGCAUAAAGUUUAUAAGACGAUAACUGCACAAAUCUAGCCUCCCUUUACCUCCUUUUUAAAAGCUCCAGGGUCUUCAUGUUGAGUGAAGUGCCACCGGUCUGUAGCCGUUUAGCUCAUCCAUGACCCCUACUUUUUAAUUGAAGAAGUUGUAUUAGUCAGGUCAAGGUGCAUUUGCCAAGUCUGUUGUCCCAAAUAGACCAUAGAGCCAAGACUCAAUGUUCAAUCGUUUACUUGUGGGCUCCUGCAGGGUACCCCAAAAACCAGCCCCAUGCCGCUGCAUAGUCGACUUUCAUCUUGUCACUCAUGUUACUCUAUGUUGAUCUCUGUCCCAUUGAGUGUUACUCACUCCCAGUAUGUCCCAUUAUGUUAUUAAUACCCCAAAAACCAGCCCCAUGCCGCUGCAUAGUCGACUUUCUCCUGUUGAGUAAAGUCACCUGUAAGAAGUUUCCCUGUACGUAGAGUCACCUGGAGGUCAACUGUAGGGCCCCUGUUACGCUGCCUCACAUGAUCCCUCAGACACUACACACACUAUACACAUUCAUGUACACAUGCGCAUAUACGGCAUACGCGUACUCAUGCACACACAUGCACACAUAUGCACACACACACUCCCUCUGCCAGCCCCACCGUGUCCCCAGGCCAGCAUUGUGUCCUUCAAGGCUGAUUGACCCAGAGCACAGCGGUCAAUAUUUGGGCUUGAUGUCGCCAAGUGGAAACGCGAACGGCAUGCCGAGCCGACAAAUAGUGUGUUUGUUUGAACAGCUCUUGUCCUUUUCAAGCGACGUGUGUGUGUGUGUUUUCAAAGUGAGCAUGAAAGAGGUGUUUAUUCUGUCCAGCGUGACGGCUGAUAGGGUCCUGAUUACAGUGGUCACGAGGGUUUGAUAAGCGCUGGUAGCUAGCACCGCCACUGGCUAGCACCGCCGCUAGCUGCUCUUAAUAGAAGCGGCCUGAUUCCCGCGGCACUGUUGCCAUGGUAGUCAGCCGCUGACACCUUGUCAUCGCCGCAAACGCUGCCCUGAAUCCCGUAAGCACACACCAGCAUGAGCCAGCCCGAGGCCCCUACCUCCUCUUCCUCCUCCUCAAUCCGCGCGGCCCCUCGGGCCGAGGAAGAGGAGGAUGAAGACGACCUGAACAAGGCCCUGGGCGUCCAGCGUUUCCAGCAGAUCUUGAGCCCUUCCUCCGUUGUCCCCGACGACCAGCACCGCAACUACCACGAGGAGGACAUCCUAAACCACCGCCACUCCUCGCACCACAUCCACCGGCCGCUGUCCAAGCUGCCGCCCGACGGCCGCAGGAAGAAGAGCAGCAAGAAGAGGAAGAAGGAGCGCGACCACAGGGGCAGCGCCGCCGGGGGGGCGCCCAUCGAAGAGGGCGAGGAUGACGAGGAGGAGGAGGAGGAGGGGCUCGAGAGCCACACCUCCCAGUCGGAGACGGAGGGGCCCCAGGACGUGCAGUUCUUCGUCUCCGAUGAGGACCCCCACAUGACCUACAGGUCCGACUCCUCCACCACCCCCCAUGGGGUGCGAGACGUGAGCAUCGUGACCCAGUCCGGUGUGGGGCUCGAGACUGAUGACUCCACCUCCACAGAGAAGCCAGAGUCCCCCAGCCCGGCCAGCCCGGCGUCUUCCAAGGCGGGCGCCGACCACCCCCCGCUGGGCCGCGUGUCCUCCACCAGCCGCAGCUACGACCUGACGGAGCGCCGCAGGACGGGCAACAUGACAGGGGCGGAGCAGGCCAAGUACCAGCGAAUCCCCACCGACGAGAGCGAGGCCCAGACCCUGGCCUCCGCCGACCUGGACGGCAUCAAGAGCCAUCGCUUUGAAGAUGUCCCCGGGGUCCGCAGGCACCUGGUGCGGAAGAGCACCAAGGGACAGGUGGUCCACACAGGGAAGGACCACAAGGAGCCCAGCACCCGCAACCGCAAGCAGGACCACACGCCCCACGAGGUGUUUGUGGAGCUGAAUGAGCUCACCAUGGACAAGAACCAGGAGAUGCAGUGGAAGGAGACGGCUCGCUGGAUCAAGUUUGAGGAGGACGUGGAGGAGGAGACGGAGCGCUGGGGCAAGCCUCACGUCGCCUCGCUCUCCUUCAGAUCCCUGCUGGAGCUGCGCAAGACCAUCUCCCAUGGCGCGGUUCUGUUGGACCUUGACCAGAAGAGUCUCCCGGGCAUCGCCCACCAGGUGGUGGAGCAGAUGAUCAUCUCCGACCAGAUCAAGGCUGAGGACCGGGCCAACGUCCUGCGGGCCCUGCUGCUGAAACACAGUCAUCCGAGCGAUGAGAAGGAGCACACGCCCCACUUCCCGAGGAACAUCUCAGCAGCCAGCCUGGGCAGCCUCAUCCCCCACCACCACCACCACCACCAUCACCACCACCAGCCCUCCAACCACCAUCACCCCCACCCGACAGAACCCACGGUCACAGACCCCCUCAUGGGCUCCACCACAGUCCCCGGGGAGGCGGAGCUCCGCAUCGACAUAGAGAAGAACGACGCACAGUUUUCCCAGAGUAAGGAGUCCUCCUUGGGGGCCAUGCAUCGCUCCAAGUCCAAACACGAGCUGAAGCUCCUGGAGAAGAUCCCCGAGAACGCAGAGGCCACGGUGGUCCUCGUGGGCAGCCUGGACUUCCUGGAGCAGCCCACCAUGGCGUUUGUGCGGCUGCUGGAGGCGGUGGAGCUGGACUCGGUGCUGGAGGUCCCGGUGCCGGUCCGCUUCCUGUUCGUCCUGCUGGGCCCGCCCAGCACCAGCAUGGACUACCACCAGAUUGGACGAUCCAUCUCCACCCUCAUGUCUGACAAGCUCUUCCACGAGGCGGCCUACCUGGCAGACGACAGGCAGGACCUGCUGAACGCCAUCAACAGCUUCCUGGACCUCAGCAUCGUGCUGCCGCCGUCCGAGAUGGGCGGGGACGAGCUGCUGCACUCGGUCUCCCGCUUCCAGAAGGAGAUGCUCCGCAAGAGGGAGGAGCAGGAGGUCAAGCUGCUGGAGCCCAAGAGCAUGGAGGAGAAGGAGGCCCUGCUGAAGCCCCCCAAGAAAGAGGACGACCCCCUGGAGCGAACGGGCCGUCCGUUCGGCGGGCUGAUCCGGGACGUCCGCCGCCGCUACCCCAAGUACCUGAGCGACUUCAAGGACGCGCUCAACGCCCAGUGCGCCGCCGCCGUCCUCUUCAUCUACUUCGCCGCUCUCUCGCCCGCCAUCACCUUCGGAGGACUGCUGGGGGAGAAGACGGAGGGUCUGAUUGGUGUGUCUGAGCUGAUCGUCUCCACGUCGAUGCAGGGCAUUGUGUUCACGCUGCUGGGGGCCCAGCCCCUCCUGGUGGUGGGCUUCUCAGGACCCCUGCUGGUGUUUGAGGAGGCCUUCUACACGUUCUGCAAGGCCAACGAGGUGGAGUACCUGACGGGCCGGGUCUGGAUCGGCUUCUGGCUCAUCAUCAUCGUCACGGUGAUGGUGGCGUUCGAGGGCAGCUUCCUGGUCCGCUUCGUCUCCCGCUUCACCCAGGAGAUCUUCUCCUUCCUCAUCUCUCUCAUCUUCAUCUGCGAGACCUUCAUCAAGCUUGGCCGGAUCUUCAAGGAGCACCCGUUGAAGCGCUGUUCCCUCGGUAACGGUAGUGACUCAGAGCUCCAGAACCUGACGGUGCCGCUGGUCGCCGUGGGUAACGGCACCGUGGUGCCGCUGAAUGUGCUGGGCGAGCCCAACACGGCGCUGCUGUCCCUGGUGCUCAUGGCGGGGACCUUCCUCAUCGCCUUCUACCUGCGCAAGUUCAAGAACAGCGCCUUCUUCCCCGGCAGGUUCCGUAGGGUUAUCGGAGACUUCGGAGUCCCCAUCGCCAUCCUCAUCACCGUGCUGUUGGAUUACUGUGUCGAGGACACGUACACGCAAAAGCUGAGUGUCCCCAGUGGUUUCUCGGUCACCAGUCCGGACAAGAGGGGCUGGUUCAUCAACCCUCUGGGCGUCGUCAAGCCCUUCCCCAUCUGGAUGAUGUUCGCCUGCGCGCUGCCGGCCCUCCUGGUCUUCAUCCUCAUCUUCAUGGAGACCCAGAUCACCACGUUGAUCGUGAGUAAGAAGGAGCGAAUGCUGGUGAAGGGCUCGGGGUUCCACCUGGACCUCUUCCUCAUCGUGGUGCUGGGGGGCUUCUCUGCGCUGUUCGGCCUGCCCUGGAUGGCAGCCGCCACUGUGCGCUCCGUCACCCAUGCCAACGCCCUCACCGUCAUGAGCAAGGCCGUCGCCCCCGGCGACAAGCCCCGCAUCCAGGAAGUGAAGGAGCAGAGGGUCACGGGUCUGCUCGUGGCCAUCCUGGUCGGACUGUCCAUUGUGAUCGGGGAGCUGCUGAGGCAGAUCCCCCUGGCCGUCCUGUUUGGGAUCUUCCUCUACAUGGGCGUCAUGUCCCUCAACGGCAUCCAGCUCACCGAGCGCAUGAUGCUGCUGCUUAUGCCGCCCAAAUACCACCCAGACCACACCUACGUCCGCAAGGUGCGGACACUGCGGAUGCACCUGUUCACCUGCAUCCAGCUGGUGUGUCUGGCAGCGCUGUGGGUCGUCAUGUCGACCGAGGCGUCGCUGGCCUUCCCCUUUGUCCUCAUCCUCACCGUCCCCGUCAAGAUGUUCCUGCUGCCCCGCAUCUUCACCUCCAGAGAGAUGAUCUGUCUGGACGCCGACGACGCAGAGCCAAAGUUUGACGAGCGGGAGGGACACGACGAGUAUGACACCAUGCAUAUGCCAGUUUAACGUUGCCCAGCAACCACAUUCUUGACCCAGGGGGUGACUGAUCACGCUUACACCACCAAUUCUGUGUGAGUCCGGAGUCCGACUCACUUUCCUAGAAUACACUGUGAUUAAAAGAGGUAAACCCAAACCUUGAGUCCAGCAUUCCGAGACCAGAAGCUGAUUGGACGAAGCUCCGCUGACGACGUGGGUCUUGGGUCAUGACAAUGGGUUCAGUUAAGUACCAACCCAUUCAAGACCCAACCAAUCGAACCUCGCACGAACUGACGCCUUUCUCUCUUGUUAGCUGCUGGCAUCGAGGAGGAGUCCGGCCGUGCGCCGCUUGUACUAAUAUAGUGGAACACUUGUGCGCACAAAAACACAAACGACUAAAAGAUAGUGGCUUAGUUUAAAUUAGAGUAGCCUUUUAAUCACCAGAGAUCAUUUUUGACCUGUGUUAAUAUUCCAGGGGAAGAGAGGUUAAAAAUCUGGCAAUGAUAUUGUUAUGAUGCUGGACCCAGACUAGGAUUAUAACCUGGGAUUAGAGUGGUCACACAUUCCUCUUUUACCAUCUUAAUUUAUUUUAACUCACCAAGCGCCUUAGGAAUAGAAAUAUGGGCUGUUUCCUGCCUUUAUCUGCCUUCUCUUAGACCGCAGCCACUCAAGCUUCCAGCACUUUUUAAAGACAAAGAAUCUGGAUGAGGAACUAAAUGCUGUGUGUUUUAACGUAGAUAUUUGUAAUAUUUCUGUCGUCCCGCUGGACCUCUAAUAUACCCGCUCAAUAAAUCAGCGUUGCCUUAAUUAGCUUUGUUGUAGCUCCCUAAAUAUAUAUCCCUGUGACUGAUGUUUAAUGUAAUGUUUCUGUAUUUUACAAAAUCGUAUUUAUAUGCAUACUAACUGGCUGAAUGUCGUUAGUUUUAGCCAGAGAAUAGCUAGCUAUGUUGCUUUGCGUUUGUGACUGGGGGAAGGUGCUGCAGUACAUCGUCUCACCAACAGGGGGAGACAUAAAAGUUGCUGAGACAUAAGUACUGCUGUACCAAAACCUUAUAAAUAAAAGCAUCAGGGUACACACUAGUUACUAGAUCAUAUAAGUCACUCGUCAAAACAGGUUAUCUACCGUAGCUAAAUAAAAUUGUUGUCAUGUGGCUUGGUAUUUUUUAUUUUGCCCAAGCCAUUGUGGCAUGGUGUUCUGACUUAUUCACUUAGUGAAAUAAAGUUGAAAGGUUAUUUUGUUAGCGGUGCUAACUAAAUAUAAUUGUGUUGUUUUGAUUGCCAAACGUAGUGACGUAUUAGUUUUUAGUCUGAACGAUCAUCAGUUCAUUCAUCUCAAGUCCUGGCACGCACUGAGCUUGAAAAAGUUGUGCAAGACAUUUCACAACCCUUUUUAUUGACCUAUUGGUUUUCAACAUUCCACAAUGUGUUUGUAACUUCAUUUUACAUUUGUCUCUGGUAACGAAACUAACUAUUUGCAUUGCUUAUAGAAGAAACCUUUCAUUCAAGAAUCAUACUUAUUUAACAAAAUUCUACUUGAUUCUAGACAAUCUUGAAUUUUGGCACCAAUCUCUUUGCUGAAAACAAAGGCUUGUCAAACAUUAUUUUUAAUUCAUGCCAGGAUUGCCGAUAAGAACUUAUGUUUUGUCUCAGAGUUUACUUGAGAUUUAUUUCUUUUCUUUGGUCCUAUGUUUCUGUACAUCUCCCAUACCAUCACAAGAGAAACCUGUUGGUAUUCGUCACAUACUGAAAUGUAUCUAAAUUAAACGUUUUGAAUGCCCUUCAACCGUACAGUGUCCGUACAGUAUGUAUCUUUUGAUUUCAAAAUGUUUGAAGAGUGAUCAGCACAAAUUGUUAUUUGUACUAUGUGUGUUUAUCCAAAUGCAUUGUUACAGGAGUGAAGCUAAGAUUGAAUAUGUAAAGAAAAAAGGUUUAAUGAAGGUGUGUGUGUGUGUGUGUGUGUGUGUGUGUGUGUGUGUGUGUGUGUGUGUGUGUGUGUGUGUGUGUGUGUGUGUGUGUGUGUGUGUGUGUGUGUGUGUGUGUGUGGAUCUGGCCUGUGGAUUGUGUUAAUCUGAAUGUGACCAGUUUGUCAGAAGUAAAUGCUAUAUUGUUCCAUUUAAAAAAAAACGCAAUACAAA